ACAGCAGGAGGAAAGGACUCCAAAAAGAUCAGGUGCCCUGUGCUGUGUCUUCUGUUUGAAAGGGAUGUGCUGUGGGCACACAGGAUAAUUUCUUUGGCUAUACCCUAAAUGGAGAGUUCCACUGUGACUUUUGACACCUUUCAGCAAGGUCUCAAAGUCCAAAGAGGUGGCUGUAUGAAAAGCCAUGGGAAGUUGAGCCCCAAGAGCAGAGGCUGCUUUUCAAGCUCAUGUUGCUGCUCCUUGGUACCUAGCUGCUCUGAAUGAGCAAACUCCACAGCAAAGAUGAAAUUUGAGGAUCUCUUGCUGGAAACUGGGGGCUUUGGCAGAUUCCAGAUUUUGAUUUUGGCUAUCCUCUGCCUCCCAAGAAUCAACCUUCCCAUGCAUUUCUUGCUGCACAACUUUCUUGCUGCUACCCCCUCUCACCACUGUGCAAUUCCACACCGAGAGGCGUUUGUGAAUCUCACCAUGGAGGAAGUCCUGCUCAUCAGCAUCCCUCGGAAGCCCGACGGCACUUUCAGCUCCUGUGAGAUGUUCUCCCAGCCCCAGUUCCACCUGCUGCUCAACUCCUCUCUGCAACCAGAAAACAAAUCCAUCGUCCAGCACUGCCAGCACGGAUGGGUCUAUGACCACUCGCAGUUCACCUCCACCAUCUCCACCCAGUGGGACCUCGUGUGUGAGCAGCGUGGGCUGAACCAGGCAACAGCAACCUUCUUCUUCAUCGGCGUCACGAUGGGGGCCAUGGUGUUCGGGUACCUCUCCGACAGGUUCGGGAGGAAGACCAUGCUGCAGCUGUCCCUGGUGUGCUCCCUGGCUCUGGGGAUGCUGAGCGCCGCCUCCGUGUCCUACACCAUGCUGGCCGUCACACGCACCCUCACCGGGGUGGCCCUGAGCGGCCUCUCCCUCAUUGUCCUGCCUCUGGGCAUGGAGUGGGUGGACGUCCGGCACCGCACCUUCACCGGGAUCCUGAGCAGCAUCUUCUGGAGCGUUGGGAACAUGCUGCUGGCCCUGGCAGCCUACCUGGUGCGGGAAUGGCACUGGCUGCUGGUGGCCGUGACAGCGCCUUGUCUCCUGAGCAUCGUCUGCCUGUGGUGGGUCCCAGAGUCUGCCCGGUGGCUCAUAGCCAAGGGCAAAGUGAAGCAAGCCCACAGGCACCUGCUCAGGUGUGCAAGAAUGAAUGGAAGGAAAGACUUUGCUGUCUCACCAGAGGCCCUCACAAGGAUGGCAACAGACAAAAACAUGGGAGGGAAUUACUCCUACAUCAGCUUGUUCAGGACCCCGGUCCUGAGGAAGAUCUCUCUGUGCUCUGGUGUGGUGUGGUUUGGCGUUGCCUUCUCUUAUUAUGGCAUGAGCAUGAGCCUGACAGGCUUUGGGCUCAGCAUCUACCUCUCCCAGUUUGUCUUCGGCGUCAUUGAGAUUCCAGCCAAGAUGGUGAUGUACGUGCUGGUGAACCGCAUCGGCCGGCGGCAGAGCCAGGCCUGGACACUCAUCCUGGCCGGAGUCUGCAUAGGAGCCAACAUCGUCAUCCCCAAGCCCUUCACCUCCCUGCGUUCAGUAGUGGCCAUUAUGGGCAAGGGUUUCUCAGAAGCUGCCUUCACCACCGUCUUCCUGUACACCUCAGAGCUCUACCCCACCAUUCUGAGGCAGAACGGGAUGGGGUACACCUCCUUCAUGGCGCGCCUGGGAGGGGCCCUGGCCCCGCUGGUGUUCCUGCUGGACGAGGUGUGGCGGUCCCUGCCCGAGGUGACCUACUGCGGCGUGGCGGUGUGCAGCGGCGCCGCGGCCUUCCUGCUGCCGGAGACGCUCAACGUGCGCCUUCCCGAGGGCAUCGAGGACGUGGAGAAGCCACGAGUGAAAGUGCCACCAGCAGCCAGCACUCCCGAGGGCGUGCCACUGCAGGCCCUCCUGAAGUGAGGAACCCCGUGGGACAGCCACCACGUAGGACUGCACCAACCGAGCCACGCUCUGAUCUGCCAGGGAAAGAGCCUUUCCCCACCCAUGUCACUCCCAAGGGAAGUGGAACUGAGGAAGGAGGAGAUCAGGACACCAGCUGGCAGCAGCGAACCCACCCUGUGGUGUGCCCAGCAGCGAGGAUGCUCAGGUCUAACAGGGUGUGGAAAUAAAGGCACCUUGUGCUAAGCUCUUCCAGUCUUUGGCCUUGUUGGACUUGGACCUUCCAGACCCGUGCACAGCCUUCCAGAAACUACAGUCCAUACACUUCGAGAAACAGUGCAGCAAGAAGAAUAAUCACACAAACCCAAAUAAGAUCUAAUAAAUCCAACUGGGUGGUAAUUGAUGGUUCAUUUCAAACCAUAAA